AUGGCGUUUGGCAGGAAAGACGUAGCACUAUACUUUGAGCAAACCGCAACGACGGUCAAUCGCAGAUCAUUCGUAACAGUCAACGGAGCAUAUGGCAUGGGCCCCAAGGCAAUGCAGGCCAGCGACUACGUCUUCAUCUUGAAAGGAGGCAAGGUACCUAUGAUACUGCGGCCUUCUAACACUGAAGGCUGGUGGACGUUGGUUGGCGAGGGCUAUGUGCAUGGUAUUAUGCAUAGAGAAGCGUAUCAAGAAGAGCUGUGCAUUCCGGUCACUAUUGUCUAA